AUGAUCUCUCUCACUUUGACCCCGCACUUGCUCCUCCUGCUGCUCCUCAUCAUACCAGCGUUUGCUACCCGCCCUCUGAUCACCGAAGAUGAUCUCGCAAUCCUCAUCGAGCAGGUCGGCCCCGAGCUCGCCCGUACCGAAGCUGAGCAUACCCCGCUCGACAUACGUGCCUUCUACGGAUCCACAGACUAUAGCCCAUCUUUCACCGACUGCCCCGACGGCUCACUUAUCAGACGCUCGACUGAAGGACUCAGCUCUCAGGAACAUGCGUAUCUCGACGGCCGCGAAAACAUCACCCGCGACGCCCUGAUCUCCCUCCUCGACCGCAUCGAUCUCGAGGACUUUUCUGCUUCUGAGUUCAUUGGCUCCAACACCUCUAUCCGUGUCGGUCUUGCAUUUUCUGGAGGCGGCUAUCGGGCUAUGCUCCAGGGUGCCGGCGUCCUCGCCGCUGUCGACAACCGCACCACUAACGCAACCGACAGCGGCCACAUCGGCGGUCUGCUGCAGGCCUCUACCUACGUCGCCGGCUUGUCCGGCGGAGCCUGGCUUCUGAGCUCCUACGUUCUCAACAAUUUUACUUCAAUUGAACAAAUCCUAGCCACUCCAGAUCUGUGGAACCUCACAAGGUCCAUGUUGGCUGCUCCGGUCUCGUUCAGCUCAAACAGCAAGUACUACGAUUCGAUAUUCGAAGAUGUCGAGAGCAAGUACGAUGCGGGCUUCAACGUCAGCAUCGUCGAUUUCUAUGGUCGUUUGCUUUCUUACCAGUUCUUCAACUACACCGAUGGCGGCAUCGGACUCGUGUGGUCCGACAUUGCGGAUUCAGAUCCGUUCAAGUCUUACCAAGUCCCGUUCCCGAUCGUCCACGGUCUGGCUGUCAACCAGCAUGAGGCCUACACCAUCAACACCACCUCAGUGCUAGAGUUCAACCCUUACGAGAUGGGAAGCUGGGACACCGAUGUUGCUACGUUCAUCAACAUCAAGUACAUUGGCUCUGAUGUAGUCAACGGCACUCCGUCUGACUCUUCACAGUGCGUAACCGGCUUCGACCAAGCUGGCUUCAUCAUCGGCACUUCAUCCAACAUCUUUGGUACUUCGCCGCUCAACAGUAGUAUUGUUCAGGCAGCUUUCCUUCCCUCUGCGAUCGAGAGCUCUAUAUCAGAUCUGAACUCAAACAGCUCGCUCCGAAACGUCGCAAUUUACUCGCCCAACCCGUUCUACGACGUCGAUGACAAUAUCUACUCUGAAGGUUCAAUUCUAACUGCUAUCGAUGGCGGAAUCGACGGCCAAAACGUCCCCCUGACUUCUCUUCUUCUUGAAGAGCGUGGGGUGGAUGUGAUUUUUGCUGUUGAUGUCAGUGCCGACUCUGACUACACCUGGCCGACAGGCAGUUCGCUCGGUCUUACCUACGAUCGUCAAUUCCUAGGAAACAGUCCUGCGAUGCCAUAUGUCCCCGACCAAAACACAUUUGUCAAUCUCGGACUCGUCAAGCAGCCAACCUUCUUUGGCUGUGACAUCACCAACAGCACGUCCGACACUACCCCUCUAAUUGUCUACCUGGCCAACUAUCCGUACACCUAUCUGACAAACACCAGCACGGUGAAUCUCGCGUACGAUACUUCUGAAAUUGAAGGCUUUAUCACAAACGGGUACAACCUGGCUACCCAAGGAAACGGCACUGUCGAGUCUGAAUGGUCAGCCUGCGUUGCCUGUGCCAUCAUCCAUCGCGAGGUCGAGCGCCGCGGUCUUUCUCACACAGACCAGUGCCAGUCCUGCAUGGACAAACACUGCUGGGACGGAACUGUUGACGACUCUGAGCCUUCGGAAGAGCUCUAUACUCCUGAUUAUAUUAUUGGAGCUAAUGAGUACGUCGCUGAGAGCUCGAGCUCUGCAAGCGCGUCGUCCCAUCACUCUUCGACUGCUUCAGCUCACUCAUCGAGUGCCCUUUCUUCGAGUCACGCAUCGGGUGCUUUUGCCACGGCUACGGGAGGUUCCGGCUCUUCCUCUGCAUUGCAGACUUCCUCCUCUGCCUCUGCAUCUCCCACUGCCUCUGCCUCUGCAUCUGGCUCUGGCUCUGGCUCUGCGUCGACGAGUGCGUCAGCCUCUGCGACCUCAUCGACCUCGGGUGCAAACCAUGUGAAUAACUACGGCGGUUUUGUGAUUUUGGCGGUCAUUUUGACUUCUAUUUUUGUGUCCUUGUAA